AUGUCUCAGUUUAACACCAGAGUGACGUUAGAGAAAAAGGAGUCAGACAAGAAAACACUUCCCCAGCCUAGAUCUUCUUUAAAAGCCAGACGUGAAGAAAGAAAAGAGAAAGAAGCUGUAAAUCUCAUCACACCCUCAGCUCUGAAGAGCAACAGAGAACAAAACUCAACCACGCCCACUUUUAGAAGACCUCCCCCUGUUGAGUCCCUUAUUGACCCAGAGCUCCGCCCAUUUUUGCUGACCACCCACUGCGAUGCCCUCUUCAUGUCACUGCGAGGACUCAAGUCGGAGGGGCUUCUGUUGGACUGCAGUUUAAAUCUCCCAGGCCAUGCCUACAAGGCUCACAGAUUAGUGCUGGCUGUUGUCAGUCAGACUGCGGAGGCAUGGCCGUUUUCUGGAGAGGCGGGGCUUCAGGAGCUGGCUAUUGAUGGAGGAACGGUGACUCCUGCUGGACUAGAGGCUGUACUGGACUUCUGCUACACUGGAGAAAUGAACAGAGGAGAAACUGAGGAACUGCUGGACGCCUGCAGGAGUUUGAGGGCUGAUAGACUGCUGAGACUGUGUGGAGGAGAUACAGUGUCAUUCAGUGCGAGAGAAGAGAGGGAGAGGAGUUUGCAGCUCAUCCGAGCACUGUGGGAGAGGAAUGUUGGCUGUGAUGUCAUCAUACAGACUGACAGUGGUGACCGUUUGCCUGCUCAUUGUGUCAUAUUAGCGGCCGGUGCGGACUACUUUCGUGCUCUGUUCUGCGGAGGGUUACGUGAGUCUAGAGCAGAAGUGGUGUUUCUGCGUGGCGUUUCAUCCUGGAUUCUGCGGGAUCUACUGGAGUUCAUCUACUCCGGCCGGCUGAAACUGAGCAGCACAAACGUGUGGGAUCUGACAGAAGCUGCGGCACAGUUUCAGCUGCAGGGGGCGCUGGAGCUCUGCUUAAACUUUCUGCGGGACAACAUGGACGAAAACUCCUGCCUGGACAUUCUGGCUCUGGCUGAAGCCUACAGUCUGGAGGAUCUGGCCAAACGGGCAGAGGAUUAUGUUUUAGCCCACUUUCAGAGGGUCUCGGAGGGGGAAAAGUUUAAUGAUCUGCCCUGCAUUCAGCUGAAGCGCUUCCUGGACAGAGACGCACUCAAUGCAGACAGUGAGAUAGACGUGUUCAGAGCUGUGGUGAACUGGGUCCAGGAGGACAAACAGCACAGACUGUCUGAUCUCUCAGGGUUGAUGCAGAGCGUUCGCUUUCCUCUCAUGAGGCCUGAGGAGCUGCAGGAGGUGCAGGAGUGUAAGCUGAUGCUCAGAUGUGCCGAAGGAAAAACAGCUCUGGAUGUUGUGAGGAAUCUUCUGUGUGAUGAUCGGAGAUCCAUGGACUGCAAGCCGCGCACACCGAAUCAGGUUCUGGUGAUUGUUGGUGGAGAUUGUGUGAAUGAGGAUUUCGAACGCAGAGAGCCGAACCUCUGCCUGUGGUUUGCCUGUCGGUUUGUGCGUGGAGAAGGCCUCAAGUGCUCUAUCGAGUGGAAACCUUUGGCACAUCUUCCUGAACCGCCACGUUUUCGCCACUGCGUAUGCGUCCUCAACAACACACUCUACAUCCUUGGGGGACGCAAAUACUACGGUGCCCUGGACAUCCUGAAGAGCGCUCUGAGGUGAGAGUGAAGACUAUCGAGACGCAAAAUCCACUCAUAUUAGUAUGAAUGGUAAAAUUGCAAUGCUCAAUAUAGCUGCCCUAGCAAAGUAAUGCCUCGUUUCCACUGAGUGGUACAGUAUAGCUCAGUAUGGGUCACCUUUAUCAGCAUUGCGUCUCCACUGUAUUCCCAAGAAACUGCUACUACAGGCAACAGGCAAAUUACCUAUUUCUGACAUGGAGAGGAAGUGACGAA